AUGGAAGAUGUUGCUCAUACAGCAUACCUCUAUCAGGAGCAGCACCAUUGUUGUCCCUUUGGCUGCCAGAAGGAAUUCCUCAACGACUUUGCUCUACAUCGCCAUAUUCAAGAGUGCAAAUGCGAGAAUGUCGAGGAUUUCUCCCAAGAGAUCCAGAGCUGCAAGCACUGUCAUGCAACCUUCCCAGAUGUUAUUGGUGCUCUUAACCACUCAGAGCAAGCUCAUAAUGCUCUUACGGCAAGUCACGCUUCCCAAUGCCGCUUCUGCAACAUCGAAUUCCUAGUUGAAGAACUCUAUCGGGGACAUAUUGCACUUCAGAGCAAGCGUGGUGAUGCACAUCCUAUGGUCACUAAGGCUCAAGGUCUACGGUACCCGCAACCUGAAUUGAGACAGGUGAGUUAA